AUGCGUAUAUUUUUAACGGGUCGGCCGUUUUCUGUCUUAUUCAGUUUUAGAUCCUUAAUAGAAAUCUUUACUACGUGUCCUUUUAUCAUUUCCAUAUUUAUUAAUAAUGGACAGUUUCUCUAUGAUAAACAAAUGGAUCCAUUAAAAUCCAAAUUAGUACAUUUAAUUGGUACUUUGGUAGUGUUGUUAUACAAUGGUAUGUCUGCAUUUCAAUAUUGUGAAGUAACCUUUGGUGCCAUAAAUUACUCCAUUUUGGAUUCAUUAUAUGUUGUUAUGGUUACUUUAUCUACUGGAAGUAGAGUAGUUAUGAUGCUACUUAUUGUUAUCUCAUUGGCUGUAUUACCUACUUUGCUUGCAGAUGUCUUGAAUACUGUUAGGAAAAGAAAUGAUUGGGGAGGUUACGUGUCUGAAUCAUACAAACCAUUUAUUUUAUUAGUUGGAUCAUUUCGGUCUGAACAGGUUACAGAGAUAUUAGACGGGUUUUUAAAUACUGAAAAUCAUGAACCAAAUUUAAACGUCGUUUUUUUGGAUAUUAAUCGACCCAAUGAAGAACUGAAAUUUUUGGAAAGAAAUUCAAUUUGGGGACAUCGCAUACAAUUUAUUCAUGGUUCAGUUUUGGAUGAACGAACUUUAAAGAGAGUGCAGGCUAGAUCAGCGACUGCUAUUUUUACAUUAUCUGAUCAGCAUGCAAUGGAUCCUCAUAAAGAAGAUGAAAGAAAUACAGUUCGUUUAUGGGCUCUUCAUUGCUAUACAGUCAGCUAUAACGUAAAUAUUUAUACAUAUAACCUAUCACCAUCAACAGCUAUCUAUCAAAAGAUGGCUAAAGAAAUUAUAUGCGUACGUGAAUUUAAACAAUAUCUGUUGGCCAUGAAUUGUCGAUGUCGUGGUGCUUCAACACUCUUGACGAACUUAUUACAUCAAAGAAGGCCAAUGGAUUACUAUCAUGAGUCAUGGCAAGCACAAUAUGGUGUUGUCUAUUCUGAAUGUCAAGUAGUACUAUUUGGUAUAAAGACACGAUUAAUUAACUGUGAACACAGAGAAAUUCUUCUAAAUCCGGAAAACAAUUAUGUUAUCAAAGAAGAUGAUUUAUGUGUAUAUAUGUGUGAAAGCCCAAAAGAAGUUGAAGAUAUUAAUAGUUUAAUAAAUAUGUUUCCACCUCAACAAUUUGAAUUAUCACAAUUGCCUACACCUCGUUUAGCUUUAUUGACAGGAAGUAGGAAAUUAAUUAGUCGAAUAGGGCAACUAUCAUCAGUAGAAACUACUUCCGAGGAUGAUAUAGGGGAUAUACCAACAUGUUAUCUAUUAAAGAAGCCCGCAACAUUACGUGAAUUAACAAUAGAAUCAGCAGAAGGCAUGUGUGGGCAUAUUCUGGUUUGUAUGCAUCAUAAAGUAUCCAAUAUUUUUAAAUUUAUAUAUAACCUUCGAUCACCACAAUUAAGACCCAAUGAAUUGCAAGAUAUUAUAUUUUUAUGUACCUCAUUACCAAGUUAUAAGACAUUUGAAUUAGUUUGCCGUUUUCCAAAAGGAAAUUGUCAAUAUCCUGAAGACUUGGUAAAAGCAGGAGUCAAAAGAGCAAAACAAGUAGUAGUUAUGAGUGAAAGAGAAUGUCUAGACCAAUAUCAACGAAGUACAGAUAGCCCUGCUAUGUAA